GGAAACAUCCUCGUUAUGUAUGGAGUAGUGAGAUACACCAAAAUGAAGACAGCCACUAACAUCUACAUCUUCAACUUGGCCCUGGCCGAUGCUUUGGCUACCAGCACUCUGCCCUUCCAGAGUGCCAAGUACCUGAUGAACACCUGGCCCUUCGGCGAGUUUCUGUGUAAAGUGAUCCUCGCCAUCGACUACUACAACAUGUUCACCAGUAUCUUCACCCUGACCAUGAUGAGCGUGGACCGCUACAUCGCUGUGUGCCACCCGGUCAGGGCCCUGGACUUUAGAACACCCGCCAAGGCCAAGAUGAUCAACGUGUGCAUCUGGAUCCUCUCCUCUGCCUUCGGAGUGCCCAUCAUGGUCAUGGCGGUUACCAAGGUGACAGACAAAGGCAAUACAGGGUGCAUGCUGCAGUUCCCUCAGCCAGACUGGUACUGGGACACGGUGACUAAGAUCUGCGUGUUCAUCUUUGCCUUCGUGGUGCCAGUCCUGGUUAUCACCAUCUGCUACGGCCUGAUGAUUCUCCGCCUGAAGAGUGUCCGUCUGCUCUCCGGCUCCAAGGAGAAAGAUCGGAAUAUGCGGCGCAUUACCCGCAUGGUCCUGGUGGUGGUGGCGGCAUUCAUAAUUUGCUGGACGCCCAUCCACAUCUUUAUCAUCCUCAGGACCAUGGUGCAGAUUGACAGCAUGAACCCCUACGUAAUCGCCAGCUGGCACCUGUGCAUUGCGCUGGGCUACAUGAACAGCAGCCUCAACCCCCUGCUUUACGCCUUCCUAGACGAGAACUUCAAGAGGUGCUUCAGGGAUUUCUGCCUGCCUUUCCGCUCCAACAUGGACCAGAGCAGCUUCUCCAGAGCCCGCAACUCCACGCGGGAGCCCACCACCGUAAACAGUGUAAAUAAUGAAAAUAAUGAGAAAAUAUUGUAUUGAAUAGUUAAAGAUGUUAAGUGAACCAGUUCCGACUGACAUUUUGGUGUACAAAGCGCUCUGUGAAUGCUAUAGGGUCCUGUGCCUUAUAAUGCCAGAAAGCCCCCUCUGUCUGCUCUCCCCUUUCACUCUCUUAGCAGGGCUGACAUGAAGUGUCAGCUUUCACACCCUACAUUUGCAUAGGGCGUGAUGUCACAUUUUCUGGCCUAUCCAGACAAAAACUCGAUUUACUCUUCCUCUAACCUAACAUAGCAGGCAUAAGUUCCCACAUCCGGUUUUCAGUGGAAAAGGAAGCUAGGUUGAAAUAGCUUUAUCCCUGAAAACCAGAUACAUCCGGUUGUUGGCAACUCUGCUAAGAGUUAUUUUCCUCUGAGUGAGUGAGCCCAGCCUGUGAGACGGCAUAUGAAUGGUAACAAUCUAGUGGAUCUAGCAAUUGUGGUUUCAUCUCGCUGUGAUAUUCACAGCUGGAUUUAGAGCUCUCAACAUGAAAAAAUACGAAAUAAUUUCAUAGAAUUGAAACAAUAACAGUCAGAGGCAGGUAUUUACAAAG